GCUUCUGUGCUGCGGGAGUGUCUCUCUCUCUCCCUCCCCUCUCCCUGCUUCUGUGUGAGUGUGUGUUUGGCUGCCCGGCUGUGUGUGCGCGUACACUGUGUAUAUAUAUCUGAGCUGGGAGGUUAUUGCAAGCUUCUCUCAGCAGCGCUCCUCUGUACAGGAAGAAGGGCUCAGCUGCAGUGGUAGCAUCAACAGCAGCAUUAGCAGCACCAACUGCUUUAUUCGCCUUUUUUCCUUCCCUUCAUCUUCAUCUCCCUUUUCCCUCCCUCCUCCCACGUCUUUUGGGGGAUUGAUCUUAAUUUUUUUUUUUUUUUCUGCACUACAAUCCUUGUUAUUUGACACUUCGUGGCUUUUUUUUUUUUUUUUUUCUUUUUUCUUUCCCCCUUUCUCUGAGAAGAAGGCACAGAAACAAACACGCACAAACACAGAGAAAUAAGGGAAAGAAAAGUACCGGGACUUAUCCUGCUGCUGCAAACCCAAAGAUAGCAGACGAAGAGGGGGUUUGGCUUCUACCCCAAGGUAAAGCCCUGCCCCCUUUACCUCCUCGACACCUCCUCCGAGGAAGAGAAGGACAGAGAGCGAAGGGGGCCAAAGUGGAGAAAAGCAGGUCUUCUGCGGCUGGCAUUUGGAGUACAGGGAGCCAGGAAGUGAAGGAUGGUUGUAUUUACCCGAGCUGGCUGCAGGGCAGCUCUCUUCCUCUGGAUUUUCAUCAGCAUUAGCUGCAGAGCCAGGACUGCUCUGCCUGCAUCUCAAAAGUGUGAUGAACCUCUGGUCUCAGCAUUACCCCAUUCCUCCUUCAGCAGUUCAUCAUCCAUGACAAGCAGCUAUGUGCCAGGCUAUGCCAAGUUAAACAAGCGAGGAGGUGCAGGAGGUUGGUCUCCAUCAGACAGUGAUCACUACCAAUGGCUGCAGGUGGAUUUUGGGAACAGGAAGCAGAUCAGUGCUAUUGCAACCCAAGGCAGGUACAGCAGCUCCGACUGGGUCACCCAAUACCGGAUGCUCUACAGUGAUACAGGGAGAAACUGGAAACCAUACCACCAAGAUGGAAACAUCUGGGCAUUUCCUGGAAAUACAAACUCUGACAGCGUGGUCCGGCAUGAUUUACAACAUCCAGUUAUUGCUCGCUAUGUAAGGAUAGUUCCUUUGGACUGGAAUGGAGAGGGACAAAUUGGGUUAAGAAUUGAAGUCUACGGUUGCUCCUACUGGGCUGAUGUUAUCAAUUUUGAUGGCCAUGUAGUGUUACCAUACAGAUUCAGGAACAAGAAAAUGAAAACUCUGAAAGAUGUCAUCUCUCUGAAAUUUAAGACCUCUGAAAGCGAAGGUGUAAUCUUCCACGGAGAAGGACAGCAAGGAGAUUAUAUCACCUUGGAACUGAAGAAAGCUAAACUUGUUCUAAAUUUAAAUUUAGGCAGCAACCAGCUUGGCUCUAUUUUUGGCCACACAUCUGUGACAACAGGCAGCCUGUUGGAUGAUCACCACUGGCACUCCAUCAUCAUAGAGCGCCACGGGAGGAACAUCAAUCUCACCCUCGACAGACACAUGCAGCACUUCAGAACAAAUGGAGAAUUCGAUUAUCUGGACCUGGACUAUGAGAUAACCUUUGGAGGCAUGCCUUUUUCUGGCAAGCCAAGUUCUAACAGUAGGAAAAAUUUCAAAGGCUGCAUGGAGAGUAUCAACUACAAUGGCAAUAAUAUUACUGACCUUGCCAGGAGGAAGAAAUUGGAACCUUCAAAUGUGGGAAAUUUAAGUUUUUCUUGUGUGGAGCCACACACAGUGCCUGUCUUUUUCAAUGCCACCAGUUACCUUGAGGUUCCUGGUCGUCCAAGCCAAGAUCUGUUUUCAGUCAGUUUCCUCUUCCGGACCUGGAACCCAAAUGGACUUCUUCUCUUCAGCCACUUCUCAGAUGACCUGGGGAAUGUUGAGGUAGACAUAAAUGAAGGCAAAGUCAGUGUCCAUAUCAACGUCUCCCAGGUGAAGAAGAACCGGAUAGAUAUCUCAUCGGGCUCUGGUCUCAAUGAUGGGCAGUGGCAUGAAGUUCGAUUCCUGGCUAAGGAAAAUUUUGCUGUCCUCACCAUUGAUGGGGAUGAAGCUUCAGCUGUUCGAACUAACAGCCCUCUGCAAGUCAAGACGGGAGAAAAAUAUUUCUUUGGAGGGUUUCCUGUACAGAUGAAUGACUCUGAUCAUUCUCUGUUUGAGCAUUCUUUCCAAGGAUGCAUGCAGAGUAUUCAUGUGGAUGAUCAGCUGGUGGAUUUGCAUGCAGUGGAGCAAGGAGAGCUGGGAAGCUUUGCCAAUGUCACCAUUGACAUGUGUGCCAUUAUUGACAGGUGUGUGCCCAAUCACUGUGAACACGAUGGUAAAUGCACCCAGACGUGGGACAGCUUCAAGUGCACUUGCGACGGAACUAAUUACAGUGGUGCCACUUGUCAUAACUCUAUUUAUGAACUCUCUUGUGAAGCAUACAAACACUUGGGCAAAACUUCAAAUUACUACUGGAUAGAUCCGGAUGGCAGUGGGGCACUGGGACCUUUGAAAGUUUACUGCAACAUGACAGAGGAUAAAGUAUGGACCACUGUGUACCAUGAUCUGCAAAUGCAGACUUCUGUGGGAGGCAACAGCCCAGAGAAGUUAUCUGUGCUGCAGCUGAACUACAGUGCAACAAUGGACCAGAUUUCUGCCAUUACCAGUAGUGCUGAAUACUGUGAGCAGUUUAUCUCCUAUUCUUGCAGAAUGUCCCGGCUGCUGAAUACACCAGAAGGGAAUCCAUAUACCUGGUGGGUUGGAAAAGCCAAUGAGAAGCACUACUAUUGGGGCGGAUCAGGACCUGGCAUUCAAAAAUGUGCCUGCGGCAUCGAACGCAACUGUACUGAUCCCAAGUACUACUGCAACUGUGAUGCUGAUUAUAAGCAAUGGAAGAAAGACAGUGGGAUGCUGUCAUACAAAGAGCACCUACCAGUCAGCCAGGUGGUGGUUGGAGACCUUGACCGGCCUGGGUCUGAAGCCAAGGUGACCGUGGGUCCUGUGCGCUGCCAAGGAGAUCGGAAUUACUGGAAUGCGGCUUCUUUCAUUACUUCAUCAUCUUACCUCCACUUCUCCACCUUCCAAGGGGAAACCAGUGCAGACAUCUCUUUCUACUUCAAAACAUCAGCCUCAGAUGGGGUGUUCCUUGAGAACCUGGGGAACACUGACUUCAUCAAACUGGAGCUGAAAUCUGCUACCGAGGUGUCCUUCUCGUUCGACGUGGGAAACGGGCCGGUGGAAAUUGUGGUGAGAUCGCCCAACCCGCUCAACGAUGACCAAUGGCACCGGGUCAAUGCCGAGAGGAAUGUCAAGCAGGCCAGCCUGCAGGUGGACCAGCUACCCCUGGAGGUCCGGAAAGCUCCAACAGAGGGACACACGCGGCUGGAAUUGUACAGCCAGCUCUAUGUUGGUGCUGCAGGAGGCCAGCGAGGCUUCCUGGGCUGCAUUCGUUCCCUGAGGAUGAACGGGGUGACGCUGGACCUGGAGGAGAGGGCCAAGGUGACGCCCGGGGUGAAGCCUGGCUGCUCUGGCCACUGCACCAGCUACGGCAUGUACUGUGCCAACGGGGGGAAAUGCGUGGAGAAAUACAAUGGCUACUCCUGUGACUGCUCCAAAACUGCCUACGAUGGGCCAUUCUGCAUAAAAGAUGUAGGAGCAUUUUUUGAAGAAGGCAUGUGGCUCCGUUACAACUUCCACUCCCCAGGGACUAGCGCGAAGGAUUUAGUUAGCCGGACACUUUUGAGCUCUGCAGAUCCUGAGAUCACAGCACCUGACCUCAGCUUGAACAAGGAAGAGCUCAGCUUCAGCUUCAGCACCACCAAGUCCCCUUGUGUCUUAUUUUAUGUCAGCUCCUACACCCCGGACUUCAUGGCUGUACUUGUGAACCCCACCGGGAAUCUGCAAAUUCGGUACAACCUCGGGGGCACCAAAGAGCCAUACAACAUUGACAUUGAGCACAGGAACAUGGCCAAUGGCCAGCCCCACACCGUUAAUGUCACACGGAACGGACGGGACAUCGUACUGCAGCUUGAUCACUAUCCUCCAACAAGUUACAGCCUGCCAGCCACAUCUGACAUUCAGUUCAAUUCCCCAAAGGCACUAUUCCUAGGAAAAGUUAUAGAAAUUGGGAAGAUUGACCAAGACAUAUAUAAAUACAACACCCCAGGAUUCACUGGCUGCCUAUCGAGAGUCCAGUUCAACCAGAUUGCUCCACUCAAAGCAGCUCUGAGACCUACCAACGCCUCCUCCCACGUCCACAUCCAAGGAGAACUGGUGGAAUCCAACUGCGGAGCGUCUCCACUCACCAUCCCACCAAUGUCGGCCGCCACCGACCCCUGGCACUUAGACUCAGCAAGUGCUGAUUUUCCAUACAAUGGUCAAGCUAUAGGAGAUGGAGUUAACAGAAACUCAGCUAUUAUUGGAGGCGUCAUCGCGGUGGUGAUCUUCACCAUCCUCUGCACCUUGGUGUUCCUGAUCCGCUACAUGUUCCGCCACAAGGGAACCUACCACACCAACGAGGCCAAAGGGGCAGAGUCGGCCGAGAGCGCCGACGCCGCCAUCAUGAACAACGACCCCAACUUCACGGAGACCAUCGACGAGAGCAAGAAGGAAUGGCUUAUCUAAGCCCACGGGGAUGGGGCCUGGGGUGGGAUACGGGCUGGGCCAGGGUGGGACUGGGAUGACUCUUGCAGUGGAGAGAGAACACUCUGUGUCGGACGCUUGAGCACACAUAGGAUAAAAAGAUCAGCACAACUGGAGGAGCAAGUGACGGGAAAAUACCACUGAGACUGGAGAAAAAAAAAAAAGAAUAUCUCAAGCAUUUAAGAAAAAAUACUUUUUAAUAUUUAUUUACAGCAAAUUGCCCCUUCUGUAUCCCAACGAUUACAACAAAGAGCAGUUUUGCAGCUUCAGCACUGGUUACAAUUUUCAGUAAUACCUGUCUAUUUCUCUGUGUGUUUAGAGAUGUUCUGGAUACCUGUGACAAGAAACAGGGCUGGUUUUUUAUAUUUUUAAAAGCUGUUUAAAAUGUGGGGGCCUCUGCCCUGAGAACAAGUGGCAGCUCUUUCUUCCCGGCACUGUGUUCCUUCCUGGCUGGCCACUUCCCUGCCCUCAGCCCCGCACCUUUGUGACCACAUCACCGUUUAUUUGGGUGACACUGAUCCAGGGGGUGGGAUAGGGGGUGAGGACUAAUGCAAAUCUUAUUCACCAGUUUCUCAACAUCUCAUCAGCCCGUGUCAGCCCUGGCAAGACCCAUCUUCUUGACCCAGGCACUUCACUGAUUGUGUGCAAUUCUCAUCAGCAAUGUAAAAAUACUGUUAUUAUGACUACUAUUACUAAAGAGGAUUAUCAUAAAGCACAGGAGGCUUUAAAGGUUUUUUGUAUUGUUUUGUUGGUCUCUGAGGGAGGAUGAUGCUGUGUGAGUCUGUAGACCUAGUCUGUUCCUGUGUCUUUAUCUAUGGCACCAGAUCAGCACCUGAGGCACGUGCCAAGUUAAACUCAGCUCUGCCUUUGGCAUACUGGCAUAUUCUGUACAUCGUAGUAGGGAAUUAGAGACAAUUUUUUUGCUUCUCUUUAUUCUUAAUAGGCUGUCAUAGAAGUAUUAAUACAGCUUUACUCAGUGCAUUUGAACCCAUGGACUUCAAAUUCCCUUUUUUUUUUUUUCAACUUGAGAGUAGCAAUUUAUUCCUUAAAUCCCUUGUUUCAGUCCCUUCGCAAGGAAAGCCUCCGCUGGCAGUGCUUGCACAGUCAGGAAGAUGAGGCAAAGGAGGCUUGAAAACUGCCUCCAGAGCAGGUGAGGAACACACAGCAGACAGGGCAGAGUUACUUUUCAAUACAGAGAUUUACCCCAAAUAUUUUACUGUCUUUGUAAGGCAUUUUUAAGAAUAGCAAGGCCAAUGCCAAGUACAGCAUUGCAUCCCAUUUUUCCUCUCAAAUCAGGAGUGUCCUAGGUGUCACCUGAACAGCAGGCAGACAGCUAGAAGGAAAGACAAAGGGACAGCCUGAAGACUUAAUAUCCUUUAGUGGCAAUAAUUUAACAAAGCUUUAGCUUGCCCUCUGUAGAGAAGCAUGAUUCUCCUGUGGUCUGAAUUGAUAGGAAUUUAAGGCCUUAGUGGACAGGUUUUGCAGUGGAACAGAAUGAAGGAAUGAAUAUACUGCAGGGCUUUGCCUUGUGCUAAAAGAACAGAAAAAAUACCAGGAAUUUCCCUUUAAAAGUAUUUAUUCUUCUGACAGUGUUGUCUUUAAUAUUUCUGGGUUUAGUAUGCACAGAUUUAAUUCAUUUUUCUGCACAAGAAUGAUUUAUUUUUCACCCAGAAAUGCAAUCUACUGCACUGAGAAGUGCUGGCAUUUUUGAUUUCAUCAUCUCUUUGGUUACAACUUUCAUUAUUCUAAUUGACAUUUUAAAAAAGGAAAAAAAUCAUAUAGGGGAAAGAAAAUACUGGAGUCUUACCAGACAAGACAUUGAUAAGCACAAUUUGUCAGAAAGUAGGCCAGGUAGUUUGGGUUUUAAGGAUGGUAACCUAAAGUUCUGUUUUAGAGGAACAUUAUCAUUGAAAAUAGAUAUCAGAGCAAAUCAAGCCCAUUAAUUCAUUCUACUGAUGAAUUUGAAAUUAGCGACAAAAAAGUUGCCAGUUUUAAAAGCAAUUACUGUUUCUCAGGUAACAUACAUGGCAGAGAGGUUCAGGUAGGCAUAAAAAUUACCUCUGUUACUCUUGUGCUCUGCAGUCUUUUGCCUUGCCUCCAGUAUUUACCUCUGCCUCUCUUGUCUGUAAUCAAGCAGAUGAGUCCUGGGUUUAAUCAUGGGUGUAAAAUAAGUCUUCUCGCCUUGGGGAAUAUCAGCAGGGGAUGGAUCUACCCCGUACCACCACUCAGCAAACUACCUAGAAAUCACAGAUGUCUCUGUAGGAUUGAAAAGGCAUUAUCUUUUCUCUAUGAUUUUAUGUUUCAUUUUAUUUUAAUGGUAUUUUAGUCCACUCUAAAAAACAUCCUUGCCUGCAACUUCAAGCUACCAAGAGAAGUGAACAGAGCAUCAUUUGCAUACAUUGGCAUUUGAUUUGCAGAAAAAAACACUCCUAAUCUGAAUUUAAUGUCUGUGAGGAAGAUCAGACUUCUGUAUCCUGAGAGACUAGAGUCUUCUGCUACUUUAUGUGGGAGAGACAGAUUUAACAGCCAUCGUGCAAAUAGUGUUGAGGCCAAAAGCCUCAGCACGGCAUUAGAAGGUAAAAUGGCUUGAUCUCCAUGUCUAACCAAGUUCUUGGCAAAGCAAGAGACAGUUGUCUCUGGUUAUGGUAGGGAGGCCUGUGAUAUCUAGUCACUGAUUUCCUAAAAAAAUUACCAGCUAAUCUCCCACAAGCCUGGGAUAUUAAGUGAGAACUUUUGGGAAAUAACCUUUGACCAUUGCAUAAGCAAUAGUUAUAAAUUGGUGUCUUAAUUUUGAAAAACAGCUUAAAUUUCUGAAAUCAAAUCAAGGUCAUCUGCAUCUCUCCAUUGACUGGACACCGUGGACCUUUUUCUGUAAAAUGCAUUAGUGCUGUGUUAAAAUACAGCCACUUUCAUAACCUAGAAACCUUUAAAUAUUAGAAUUCUUGUUUCUCCUUAAAUUGGACCUUAGACAUGAUAUUGUCGACAAGCAGCUGUCUCUGUAGAGGGAUUUGGUGACUUUGGGUGGAUUCCUGCCUUUCUGAUUUGUAUUUCAUUUCUGAGAAUGGUGUAUGUCUAAUUAUAGGCACUGGUCAUUUAGCAUCCUGGCAGUGAAGCAGGAGCAGACUCAGAGAUGCAGCCUGCGUAUUUUGCUAGCACUAUAUUUAUUCUGAAAAUUUCUUCCACUGCAAGCCUAUAAUUGAAGGCUGAAACAACAUCCAGAGUUUAUUUCACCCACUCUUACUUGUGCCAAAAAUCCAUGUUGUUCAACAGGUAUGAGGGAAAAUCUGCUUGAGGGGAGAGUGGAUCCUGCUUUUAUAAACUCUGUACUUUCCCCAAAGAAUAUUAAAAUAAUCAGUCUUUUAUCACCUGUUUUGUAGCUGUUUCACCUAUUUGAACUGUGCAGAGAAAUGUAGCUUCUUGUACUGGUUUGGGAACCAAAGUGUCCCAGUUGUGUUUCUAAAGGGUCAUUCCUGACACCACAGAAAACAACGGCAAAAGUUCCACCAGCAGUGGAGAGAGCAAGACUGGGCUGGAGAUCAGGUCUCCCAGUGUUAGUGAAAUAAUGUAAGCAAUAUUUUGGAUUCUCAUUCGCAAGACUUGCAGACCACCAGGUAAUGAGACAUGGAGCUCCAAGGAACCAAAACAAUGGAAAACUUAUUUUGAUGUCAGCCCAGCCUCAAGGAAAAUCAGCAGUCCAGUCUGGCAGUUUUGAAUCAGGUCUUUCACACACUGUUUAUUCUGUGUUUACUGGUAGAAAAUUCAGAUGUAUGAAAUAGGAAUAUGUAUCUUUAACUUGUACUGGAGCAUUUCUGCUUUGUACUUUUUGUGUCUUAAACUUUACCUGUACCUUUUAUAUCUCUUCUAGCAGUUACCACUUCAAAGCUACGGCAGCAUUUUAGGGUCAUGCGCUAGGCAGCAUGAUAUAUGUGAGAGGAUGGGCAUCACAAAUAUUUUAGUAAGACUGCCAAAGCAGUGGUGUAUAUGUACAAGUUUAUUGUACUGAUAAGAAUUCAUUUUAAUUAAAACAAUGUCCUUUAAUGGCAGAUGCAUCUAAUUUCCAGGGUAUCUUUUGAAAUGUGAAGCUAACUUCGACAAGCAAUAGCUUUCAAUAUGGCUUAUCCCAUGAAUGAUUUCACAUUCCAUCAAGCAUGGUAAUCCUGAAAGGUUGUCAAUCUUGAAAAGCAGAACCUAAAUUCUGGUAAUCAGAUGUCAUUAUCUAUCCUACAGAAAUUAAACAGAAAUCUUGCCUUCUAACAGCAACAGCAUGCAAAUUAGAAUGAAUGAAGGGCAGUGUGUUUGUAUGCAUAAAUAUCUUCUGUGAAUGUCUUUCCUUUUAACUAAAGUUCUAUUAGAAACCAGAUUGGUAAAUAAAGAGGGGGGGGGGGGAAGAAAAAAAAAGACAUUUGAAAUAGUUUUAAUCACCAUGACAGCUGUUUAAUCAUGCUUUGUAUAUUCUUAUCAUUGCCUGUAUUUUCAACAUCUCUAGUACCAGGAAAUCAAUUUGGAAAGGACAGAAGUCAGAAAGGCCUCUUAAGAAAAGACCUUUUGUACAUGAAAAAAGGAACUUCAGAAUGCAGUUAUGGAUAAGAAGAGAGGGUGCUAAAACCAGGGAAGAUUUAUUGAAGUGCAAUAUGUUCCUCUUGCAUCAGUGUUACCUGUUACAAAGCGUACAUCUGUACACGUUGAGGUGGGUAGAGGGUCAGAGAGCAGAAAUUUAAUGACUGCCUUUCUGCUUUUUCCCUUUCUGACCACUUUGCAGAUAGCAGCAAGCAGUCUGCUUUCAGUUGUGAUCACAUUUGUUACUGCAGAUUCUGUGGCACUGCCAGCCUAACAAGGGUUACAUACUACAAAUGACUGUGGGUUGUUUGCCUUCCUUUUCUAUCAUAACUCUGUCUUUUCCUUCAUGAAUGAGAGCCUUUUAUUGAAACUAUUAAGAACAAUGUAUGCCCAGCUCAACAGACUUGUGUCUGUUCCUUUUAAUAAACUACUUUAUCAGGCUUUAAA